AUGCAGCUGCAAUUCUGUGAAGGCGAUUCACAUACACUCUCUUGCGCUCAUCAUAACCAGAGGAUCAAUAUCCUUUCUGCAAACUACGGUCGUUUGACUGGAGCUCAAGUCUGUGGCUGGGGAGCAAUAAAGACCACUACCUGCAAAGCUAAUGGAGCACUUGCCAAAGUUCAAGGUCACUGUCAGGGACGUUCACAGUGCACAUUACGGGCAACCAACAGCGAGUUUGGUGGUCCUUGCCCUGGAACUUACAAAUAUCUAGAGGUAACAAUUUUUGUCAGCCUAGCUUUUAUUUAGCCUGGUUCCAAAGGGAUUGCUUUUUUUCUUUCUCAUUGUGAAGUUCGUCACAGAAGAAGAAUAGAAGAAACGUAGCCUUAUGAGUAACUUUUUUUUUUUUUUUUAAGGGAAAGGGGACGAGAGGGACGAAAGGGGGAAAAAGAGGACGUAUAGAGAAACCCCUGACACGAAACCCAAAGGGGGUCCAUCUUCCCGUCGCAUUCACCUUGUAUUUGCAGUUUCCGCCUCCCUUUUUUCUUGUCUUUCCCGGCCACUUCAGCCCUUUUUCUAUUGUCAAUUAUUAUUAAAGCGAUGUUGCCUAAUUUUAUCCAAUUUCUUCCCCUUUUCUCUCUUUGACAAUCCCCACCUCCCGGGUGCCCUUCCUUUUCCCGUCCCCCGUAUCCCUCCACUGUAUUCUCCUCGGGCUCCCCGCCCCCAUUCGUCCUCCCCUACAUCAGUGUGGAACAGAAAAUUGAAAAAAUAGAAAUGACAUGGGUAAAUAUCUACAUCGGACAACUGAUUUCUCUAGCUGUACAUGUGACUAUCCUUUCUCGAUUAUGAUCCCUUUUGGACUGUUGGAAUGGGUACUGUUAAUAGCUUGAUGGCAGCAAGCCUUGUUUUCUUGGGUUGACGACACUAACUCAUGUCCGCUGAAUUCAACAGGUUCGCUACGUAUGUGAGUGAGAACGCCAAGACUCUGGUUCAACUAAAACUGUGGCGUGAGCCGUUAGUAGGGAUCGAAAAAUACAAUCUUCAUUUUUAGAUGUGCAAAGAAAGCGCCACUUGACAAUUUAGACGAUUUAGCUCACGUAGUUUGCUUGGAAAGAAAAUCAUUAAACUUCUUUUUGAACGAGAAUGUUGUAUAUCGAUAUUUUUCAUCCCUUUUUUCACUCUUAUAGCAUGUCGCCAUGUUGUUUUAGACCUCCUUUGCUUCGCGCUUCCCUUCGCUCGAAUGAAAAACGCGAAAAAAUAACUCCGGUUAGUAAAAUCCAACAAGUGGUUUAUUAUCAAAGCUGCGUUCUAAUUGGUUGAGCUACUACUAGGCUAUAUGUUAUAGCCCACUAGUAGCGAAAAGCGCCGGCUUUGAGAACCAAAACAAUGGCAGCUGAAUAACGUUUUGCUAGCUAAAGUUUAUUUGUCUCGAUAUUUUUGACCAACUAGUUGGAUUUUACUAAAACAAUCAUUGCUCUCGCCCACAUGGCUCUGAAUCAAUAGCCAAUGAGGCCUUUCGGCCUCAUGGCUCUUGACUCAGAGCCCGUUCGGGCUCGAGGAAUAAUUGUUAUUUAUACAGGCUAUGAUUUUUUGCUUUCCUCGCCUGCGUGUCCCGCUGAGAAAAAAAAGGGAAAGUAGAGAACAAUCUUGCCAGCUUAAGGGAGAUGGAUAACUUUUAAAUUAUCCUGGUCAAAUUUCAGCACUUUUUGCCACAAACAACGUACCAGCUUUGUUCACUAAAUAAAAACGUUUUGAACUGAAUGGCGGUUUUAAACUGUUUUAAAGUGAAAUACUGUUACUUUUAGGCCUAGGGCCAGACGUCGAACUUUUCACGAGACGAACCAAGCUUAGUGAGUUAAGUUCAUGAAAAGUUCCACGUCUGCCAGGCUCGGUUGAGUUUGUCCCAUUAAGAGUUUGGAUCCUCCAACACAUUCUAUCCGUCUGGUUCGACCCGUCCUAAGUUUGACGUCUGACCAGACAAACGAUCUUAACUUAAUUUAGGUCGACUCAAAAAAAUUAGAGUUUGGUUCGUCUCAUGAAAAGUUCGACGUUUGGUCCAGUCCUUAGAGUCAACAAAUUUGGCUACGUUUACAUUCACUAGAUAAGAUUAAGGAGAUUUUACCUGAUUCAUUAAUUUUUUCGGUUUCACACAAAAUACGAAUCCGAGAAUACGUCCAUAUCUACUAAAGAUUCCUCACUCACAUUACCAGGCAUUCCGCUGGACUAUCCGGUAUUUGUCUGGUUAUUAUUCACUUCACAGUUUAAUUUUUAACAACCCCCCAAAUCCAAUAUUUUCCAAUUUUCCAAAAUUUUAAAUAACACCCAUUAAUUUUUAUACUUCAAACUCGAAAUAUCAUCUAAAAACUAUUAAUCCAAGAACUGAAAACUAAUUGGCAAUGAAUCAUUUUUCGACUGAAUGAAAUAUUGGCUGAUAUCUAAGAAAAAGGGCGGAAAUAUGCGAAAAGCAAUGCUUUAAACCAGUGCUUAAAGGGUCUUACUAGAAGUUGUCUGUCGUGUUAUCGUCACUACACUCUAUGUACUCUUGUCUUCAUUGAACUUACAAUUUCUCGUCCCAUCUGUGAAAACGCUUGUCACCUAACGCUCUCCCCAAGGUUGAUUCACAUAUUACCCAUUUCCAAAGGUAGCUCAAAAGCUCUUCUCGCUUACUAACGAGAAGAAAAGCUUAUUCAGUGGAAAAAUAUAAAAAAGGGAAGCUUAAAAAAAAAUAGAGCUGCGAUUAUGGCUCGCACUGAUGUUUAGUACUUCUGGUUAAACACAGAUUUAGAACGCCGGGUUAGCUUUCAUUACUACAAACCCAAAGAGAAGCUAAGAGAGAAAAUAGUGCAGCGAUUAUGGUUUGUACUGAUGUAUAGCGAUUACGGUUAAGCACUGAUUUCAGAUUUAGAAUGGUUAGCUCCGUUAAUAAAGAAGAGCCGCCUUCUUUAGUCCAACAAGGCUUUUGAGAGGUGAUCAAAGAACUGGUUAAUACUGUAGAUACUAUUAUUUAAUGUAGCAGUUGAAAAUUUUCAUGAUCGCUUACCCAGUUUUAUUUACCUAACUUAUAACAAGAAGUUGGCUUAAGAAAAUAUGGACUAGUCUUUCGCCCCCUAGUAUUUUAUCUUUAGUUUAAUAAUCGUGUGGCUUUUACGAGGAAAUCUACGGUCAGUUUGUAAACAAAUUGUGCUUUUUGCUUCGAAGAAUAAACAUUCGCUCUUUUUUCAGGAACGCUUAUGCGUACAUGUUUACUUGUAGCCACGGCUUGGCUUAUGCUAAAUACACCUUUUCAAAUAUAGGAAGCUCCAACUUACAAUUCUAGUGCGAUAAAAAAAAGAUUGCAUCUGCGAAGAUUUUUCCCGUAAUCACAAAGUACAAUUGCACGCUGUGAAGGUGUUCUCUAUCGUUUAAGAAUAAAAGCCCAAUUAAAUUCGUACUUUUAUAUGAUAUGCAAUCCGUUAGGAACAAUUUAAAAAGAUACACUGCUACUGAUCAAUACAUGUCAAUUCACUAACGCAUUUGCAAAAAAAAGAAAGGAAGAACCAGUUCAGCGCACUUGUAUGUGAAUAGUUAGUGAUCGAUACCCUGCAUGAACUGAGAAAAGUUUCGCCGCCAGUGUUUCUGUUCCACGUGAAUUCGACCUAAGGCGCCUACACCCGUCCCAGUGGCCUACCAAUAGGAUCAAGAAUAAUUUUUAAUGGCUUUAUAUCAACACUGAUAUGUCUUGAAUUUUAUUGUAGAUCAUAAGUGUUUCAAAUUGUAGCUUAGGUGGUAACUGUACCUUUUUAACUUAAAUCUUAUUUUUAAGCGUAUUUAUACCUCUAUUUUUUAAUCCAUUUUAUAUUUUAAUCCAUUUUAAAUUUUAUAUGUAAUACACAAUUCAGCCAUACACGGCUGCGACGUAUUUUAAUAAAGUGUCUAUCUAUCUAUCAAUCAAGUUCAAGUUCUUUCAGUUCUCACACGACAUUGUCUAGCUUGAGUUGUUUGCUUUUCUGCUUGCUUGAACACUGUGAGUGUUUAAUCUCACGCAAUGAUACGCUCAUUUUACUUCAAACGCCAGUAAUUAUCGUAUUUACCUUGAGUUAAAUAAUUAUGUUUGAACUUCCUGCGCGCAUGAACAGUGCUUGAUCGCACACGAUGGUCUUAUUAUAACCCUUAGACGUACACCCAAACUCGCACCUCCACCGCGGUACCAAUAGCGGGCUGGCUCGGAACCCCCCACCUCUAGCGUCUUUCUCUUAUUCUAUUUUAUAUGCGUUUACUUUUUUUGAAAAGAUUCACCUUUAAUAGAUAUAGGCUGUGAUAUCGUUAACAAGAAUAUGUUAAUAUUACGGGAUACAUACGUACGUAAGUAGCGCUACUGGGGGCCGGUAACGUCAUUUAGAUUUUAAGCUUGGCUACGAAAUACUGCUUCGAAAUACUAAGAUGAAAAGAAAAAAAUGGAAAAUAAAAUAAAAUAAAACCUAAAAUUGUGGUUAAAUAAUGUUCCAAACAGGCCGUCUAUCGACCGACGCUAUAUCUGUUAUAUGUGGUUUUCACUCAUUCCGUGCGAAAGCGUUUUUAAAACUAACGGUUUAAGAAAUUCCUUUUUUUUUUUUUCAAACAGUAGGCAAUAAGAAGUGUUUAUAUAGAGCAGCCGCCUUCUUCUCCAGUUUAACAAGGCUUUUAAUUUCAGAAAAAUAGGGAGUCUUUAUUUAAUUUUAUAGAUGAAAAUCUACGUGGUAGCUAAUCUGGGUAUACCUUAAUUCGAAUCAAGCUGUUGGUUGAUAACAGUUACAUAACUAUUAACGAUUUUACUUUUUCAACUAUGAUCAAACCAUCGUUUGGUUUGGGUCUUAUUACCCUUCUCCCUAGUUUUAGGAGGCGUACGUGGGUACCUCAGGUAAUUAACUACGGCCCUGCUUACAAAAUGCACAUACAACUGUUAAUUAAAGUUCAUCUCAGUUAUUCCAAAGCGAUAAAGAAAGUUUGGUCCCACGAAGAUUCCCUCAAAUAUAAUCACAAGGUACAAUUAAACGUUAAAGUAUUCUCUACCGCUUAAUAACAAGAUUCCGAGGAAUUUCGCACCAUUGUAUGUUACUUUCCAGUUUAUAAAAACGGUACGAAGCAAAUAACAACUAAAACUUGAACUGCUUCUGAAUACGUGAUAAUGCGCUAAGAUUGGCAAAAAUAAAAACAGUUCUCACAUAACUUUGUCUAGCUUGAGUUGUUUGCCUUUCUGCCUGCUUGAACAGACGAGUCGCGGAUGAUCCUGUCAUUUCACUGCAAACACCAGUAACCAUUUUGUUUUAUUCUCUGCUCUUUUUCCCAUUUAACAAACUUCCAGUGUGAGAGAUAUUUAAACAGCAGUGCCCAUCCUGAAGUACCAGGAAUCAGAUACGACGUGCGCACGUGCGUACAGCUUCCCACGCCCUUGAUCACGAAAUCUUUAUAAGACAUGUGACUCAUAGAUAAGACACCAUUCUGUUCGUGGACGGAAUUCCAUCAACACUAUUUCAGUGAGUUGCCUCAUUCCAACCAGGUAACUGCUUUUUUUAAUACUAAAAGCUAAACUCACCCUUUUGAUAUAGCAAAGGGAGGCACAUUACCAAGUCCUUAAUAAUUUUGUGGUACCCUCUUUUAGUUAAUAAUGACAUUUUGCGUUUCUUUUAUCUAGACCUGAUCUUCGAGAUUUAAUCAUGAGGACCGCUUUCGUUUUCCUAACACUUCUCAUGCUAGUCGUAGCAUCAGUAACGGCAACCUACAGAUUAGUUAGUUAUCAUUAAUUAUCGUAUCAUUAAUGUUGUGGGUAGCAUGGGAGGAUUCAAAAAAACGACUAAAUCAUCAUUAUCUUGGGAGGUUCUCAAAAAAGUCAACGAAGAAAAGGAAGACUCUUUCAGACGGAGCGAACAAUGAUCGUUGACAAAUCAUCGCCUACAGCUCCUUGCUCUGCAAGUGGCAUUUAUCACUACAAUCGCAAAAACCCCAAUGUCAAUUACUUGACUGGCGUAGAAAAACGGUUUUAAAGAUGGAUACCAAAGGCAUUUGUACAUGGUAUAACGAGUCUCACAAGUCUUUAAAGAAUACCCUAAGCGAUUCACAAGCCUUUCUUACACAAACCGUCAGUAAUGAAUCUUAAAAGUAUCUCAAAUAAGCCUUCUGUAGCAAGCCUUGUGUAAAGACUCGUACACAAGCCUUCUGUAAGCCUUCUUCGGCGUUUUGUAAGACUCUUACACAAGCCUUCUGUAAGAUACUUACACAAGCCUUCUGUAAGUAUCUAACACAAGCCUUCUGUAAGGACUCUUACACAAGCCUUCUGUAAGUAUCUCAGCUACACAAGCCUUCUGUAAGGACUCUUACACAAGCCUUGUGUAAGCACCUUACACAAGACUUUUGUAAGGACUCUUCAUACAAGUGUUAGAUACUUACACAAGCCUUGUAUAAAGAGUCUUACACAAGCCUUCUGUAAGUAUCUUAGGAAAGCCUUCUGUAAGUCAUACACAAAAGACAACAAAAACUUUUUACAUAAUUUUUAAGUGUUAACGAAGGCGUUCGUAAGAAGGACUUUUAGUAAUGAGCUAUUUUAAUUAAAUUGCGUUAUUUAGUGACGCAGCAACUAAAAUAGGGUAAUUUUGGUGCAGUGAAAUAUAUAAGGUGUUGUACAUUAUAUUCUGUUACUGUUUUUAUAUAAGGUUCUGUGCCCAGCUGCUAAGAUUGAUCCCAGGUAUGAUGAAUUCGCGUUCUCUUUCAAGAAAAAAAAAUAAGGAAAAAUUUAAACUCUUUGAGAGGUGAAUCGCGCAGCUAGCAAAGGCAAAAUAUCCUUUAAUAUAUAACACACUCACCGGGAAGGGCUGAGGCCCAUAUAAGUAUGAGUGAACUCUCGUGAACUACUGGUUUUUCUUGUCCUUUACAGAGUGACUCUACUACAGCAAAAGGGGAACCAUGUUGCGGAUAUUGGUUUUGUUUCUCAUUCCAGGCUUAUUUGGUGAUGCGGGUAAAUAAUUUUCCUACAUUUUAUUUAAGAUAAUAAGGUGGGGUAGGAGGUGGGGGAGGUGGUCAAAUUUCUCUACAUAAAUGAAAAUGGGACCAUAAACAUAAACUUGAGAUAACUGAACGACUCCGAUUUUCAUCCAGAUGGACAUUUUCAACGACUUUGAAAAGGUGGGAAUCUGUCAAUAGACCAGUGAAAAGUCACAGACAUUAAGGGUGCGUUUUAUGGACGACAACGGAAGGGCGUGUGUAUUCAGACAAUCUCUUGCUAAUAUUAUGCAAUCGAGAAAACGAAAGCUAUUUUUCUUAAUUGUUCUGCUGCAGAUAAUGCUCUGCUCAUGCGCGAUAAGGUACAGUGUGAACCAAGCCUUGUUUGUCUAGUAUAUCAGCGGUUAUUUGAUAAAUCGCAAUAUUUUGCUCUCCCUCGUCCAUAAAUUGUUUAUUAUACAUAUUUCAGGUGCAGCUUGUCCGAGAGAGAUGCAGCUGCAAUUCUGUGAAGGCGAUUCACAUACACUCUCUUGCGCUCAUCAUAACCAGAGGAUCAAUAUCCUUUCUGCAAACUACGGUCGUUUGACUGGAGCUCAAGUCUGUGGCUGGGGAGCAAUAAAGACCACUACCUGCAAAGCUAAUGGAGCACUUGCCAAAGUUCAAGGUCACUGUCAGGGACGUUCACAGUGCACAUUACGGGCAACCAACAGCGAGUUUGGUGGUCCUUGCCCUGGAACUUACAAAUAUCUAGAGGUAACAAUUUUUGUCAGCCUAGCUUUUAUUUAGCCUGGUUCCAAAGGGAUUGCUUUUUUUUUCUUUCUCAUUGUCAAGUUCGUCACAGAAGAAGAAUAGAAGAAACGUAGCCUCAUGAGUAACUUUUUUUUUUUUUUUAAGGAAAGGGGACGAGAGGGACGAAAGGGGGAAAAAGAGGACGUAUAGAGAAACCCCUGACACGAAACCCAAAGGGGGUCCAUCUUCCCGUCGCAUUCACCUUGUAUUUGCAGUUUCCGCCUCCCUUUUUUCUUGUCUUUCCCGGCCACUUCAGCCCUUUUUCUAUUGUCAAUUAUUAUUAAAGCGAUGUUGCCUAAUUUUAUCCAAUUUCUUCCCCUUUUCUCCCUUUGACAAUCCCCACCUCCCGGGUGCCCUUCCUUUUCCCGCCCCCGUAUCCCUCCACUGUAUUCUCCUCAGGCUCCCCGCCCCAUUCGUCCUCCCCUACAUCAGUGUGGAACAGAAAAUUGAAAAAAAUAGAAAUGACAUGGGUAAAUAUCUACAUCGGACAACUGAUUUCUCUAGCUGUACAUGUGACUAUCCUUUCUCGAUUAUGAUCCCUUUUGGACUGUUGGAAUGGGUACUGUUAAUAGCUUGAUGGCAGCAAGCCUUGUUUUCUUGGGUUGACGACACUAACUCAUGUCCGCUGAAUUCAACAGGUUCGCUACGUAUGUGAGUGAGAACGCCAAGACUCUGGUUCAACUAAAACUGUGGCGUGAGCCGUUAGUAGGGAUCGAAAAAUACAAUCUUCAUUUGUAGAUGUGCAAAGAAAGCGCCACUUGACAAUUUAGACGAUUUAGCUCACGUAGUUUGCUUGGAAAGAAAAUCAUUAAACUUCUUUUUGAACGAGAAUGUUGUAUAUCGAUAUUUUUCAUCCCUUUUUUCACUCUUAUAGCAUGUCGCCAUGUUGUUUUAGACCUCCUUUGCUUCGCGCUUCCCUUCGCUCGAAUGAAAAACGCGAAAAAAAUAACUCCGGUUAGUAAAAUCCAACAAGUGGUUUAUUAUCAAAGCUGCGUUCUAAUUGGUUGAGCUACUACUAGGCUAUAUGUUAUAGCCCACUAGUAGCGAAAAGCGCCGGCUUUGAGAACCAAAACAAUGGCAGCUGAAUAACGUUUUGCUAGCUAAAGUUUAUUUGUCUCGAUAUUUUUGACCAACUAGUUGGAUUUUUACUAAAACAAUCAUUGCUCUCGCCCACAUGGCUCUGAAUCAAUAGCCAAUGAGGCCUUUCGGCCUCAUGGCUUUGACUCAGAGCCCGUUCAACUCGAGGAAUAAUUGUUAUUUAUACAGGCUAUGAUUUUUGCUUUCCUCGCCUGCGUGUCCGCUGAAAAAAAAAAAAAGGGAAAGUAGAGAACAAUCUUGCCAGCUUAGGGAGAUGGAUAACUUUUAAAUUAUCCUGGUCAAAUUUCAGCACUUUUUGCCACAAACAACGUACCAGCUUCGUUCACUAAAUAAAAACGUUUUGAACUGAAUGGCGGUUUUAAACUGUUUUAAAGUGAAAUACUGUUACUUUUAGGCCUAGGGUCAGACGUCGAACUUUUCACGAGACGAACCAAGCUUAGUGAGUUAAGUUCAUGAAAAGUUCCACGUCUGCCAGGCUCGGUUGAGUUUGUCCCAUUAAGAGUUUGGAUCCUCCAACACAUUCUAUCCGUCUGGUUCGACCCGUCCUAAGUUUGACGUCUGACCAGACAAACGAUCUUAACUUAAUUUAGGUCGACUCAAAAAAAUUAGAGUUUGGUUCGUCUCAUGAAAAGUUCGACGUUUGGUCCAGUCCUUAGAGUCAACAAAUUUGGCUACGUUUACAUUCACUAGAUAAGAUUAAGGAGAUUUUACCUGAUUCAUUAAUUUUUUCGGUUUCACACAAAAUACGAAUCCGAGAAUACCAUAUCUACUAAAGAUUCUUCACUCACAUUACCAGGCAUUCCGCUGGACUAUCCGGUAUUUGUCUGGUUAUUAUUCACUUCACAGUUUAAUUUUUAACAACCCCCCAAAUCCAAUAUUUUCCAAUUUUCCAAAAUUUUAAAUAACACCCAUUAAUUUUUAUACUUCAAACUCGAAAUAUCAUCUAAAAACUAUUAAUCCAAGAACUGAAAACUAAUUGGCAAUGAAUCAUUUUUCGACUGAAUGAAAUAUUGGCUGAUAUCUAAGAAAAAGGGCGGAAAUAUGCGAAAAGCAAUGCUUUAAACCAGUGCUUAAAGGGUCUUACUAGAAGUUGUCUGUCGUGUUAUCGUCACUACACUCUAUGUACUCUUGUCUUCAUUGAACUUACAAUUUCUCGUCCCAUCUGUGAAAACGCUUGUCACCUAACGCUCUCCCCAAGGUUGAUUCACAUAUUACCCAUUUCCAAAGGUAGCUCAAAAGCUCUUCUCGCUUACUAACGAGAAGAAAAGCUUAUUCAGUGGAAAAAUAAGAAAAAGGGAAGCUUAAAAAAAAUAGAGCUGCGAUUAUGGCUCGCACUGAUGUUUAGUACUUCUGGUUAAACACAGAUUUAGAACGCCGGGUUAGCUUUCAUUACUACAAACUCCAAAGAGAAGCUAAGAGAGAAAAUAGUGCAGCGAUUAUGGUUUGUACUGAUGUAUAGCGAUUACGGUUAAGCACUGAUUUCAGAUUUAGAAUGGUUAGCUCCGUUAAUAAAGAAGAGCCGCCUUCUUUAGUCCAACAAGGCUUUUGAGAGGUGAUCAAAGAACUGGUUAAUACUGUAGAUACUAUUUAAUGUAGCAGUUGAAAAUUUUCAUGAUCGCUUACCCAGUUUUAUUUACCUAACUUAUAACAAGAAGUUGGCUUAAGAAAAUAUGGACUAGCCUUUCGCCCCCUAGUAUUUUAUCUUUAGUUUAAUAAUCGUGUGGCUUUUACGAGGAAAUCUACGUUCAGUUUGUAAACAAAUUGUGCUUUUUGCUUCGAAGAAUAAACAUUCGCUCUUUUUUCAGGAACGCUUAUGCGUACAUGUUUACUUGUAGCCACGGCUUGGCUUAUGCUAAAUACACCUUUUCAAAUAUAGGAAGCUCCAACUUACAAUUCUAGUGCGAUAAAAAAAAGAUUGCAUCUGCGAAGAUUUUUCCCGUAAUCACAAAGUACAAUUGCACGCUGUGAAGGUGUUCUCUAUCGUUUAAGAAUAAAAGCCCAAUUAAAUUCGUACUUUUAUAUGAUAUGCAAUCCGUUAGGAACAAUUUAAAAAAGAUACACUGCUACUGAUCAAUACAUGUCAAUUCACUAACGCAUUUGCAAAAAAAGAAAGGAAGAACCAGUUCAGCGCACUUGUAUGUGAAUAGUUAGUGAUCGAUACCCUGCAUGAACUGAGAAAAGUUUCGCCGCCAGUGUUUCUGUUCCACGUGAAUUCGACCUAAGGCGCCUACACCCGUCCCAGUGGCCUACCAAUAGGAUCAAGAAUAAUUUUUUAAUGGCUUUAUAUCAACACUGAUAUGUCUUGAAUUUUAUUGUAGAUCAUAAGUGUUUCAAAUUGUAGCUUAGGUGGUAACUGUACCUUUUUUAACUUAAAUCUUAUUUUUAAGCGUAUUUAUACCUCUAUUUUUUAAUCCAUUUUUAUAUUUUAAUCCAUUUUAAAUUUUAUAUGUAAUACACAAUUCAGCCAUACACGGCUGCGACGUAUUUUAAUAAAGUGUCUAUCUAUCUAUCAAUCAAGAUCAAGUUCUUUCAGUUCUCACACGACAUUGUCUAGCUUGAGUUGUUUGCUUUUCUGCUUGCUUGAACACUGUGAGUGUUUAAUCUCACGCAAUGAUACGCUCAUUUUACUUCAAACGCCAGUAAUUAUCGUAUUUACCUUGAGUUAAAUAAUUAUGUUUGAACUUCUGCGCGCAUGAACAGUGCUUGAUCGCACACGAUGGUCUUAUUAUAACCCUUAGACGUACACCCAAACUCGCACCUCCACCGCGGUACCAAUAGCGGGCUGGCUCGGAACCCCCCACCUCUAGCGUCUUUCUCUUAUUCUAUUUUAUAUGCGUUUACUUUUUUUGAAAAGAUUCACCUUUAAUAGAUAUAGGCUGUGAUAUCGUUAACAAGAAUAUGUUAAUAUUACGGGAUACAUACGUACGUAAGUAGCGCUACUGGGGGCCGGUAACGUCAUUUAGAUUUUAAGCUUGGCUACGAAAUACUGCUUCGAAAUACUAAGAUGAAAAGAAAAAAAUGGAAAAUAAAAUAAAAUAAAACCUAAAAUUGUGGUUAAAUAAUGUUCCAAACAGGCCGUCUAUCGACCCACGCUAUAUCUGUUAUAUGUGGUUUUCACUCAUUCCGUGUGAAAGCGUUUUUAAAACUAACGGUUUAAGAAAUUCCUUUUUUUCAAACAGUAGGCAAUAAGAAGUGUUUAUAUAGAGCAGCCGCCUUCUUCUCCAGUUUAACAAGGCUUUUAAUUUCAGAAAAAUAGGGAGUCUUUAUUUAAUUUUAUAGAUGAAAAUCUACGUGGUAGCUAAUCUGGGUAUACCUUAAUUCGAAUCAAGCUGUUGGCUGAUAACAGUUACAUAACUAUUAACGAUUUUACUUUUUCAACUAUGAUCAAACCAUCGUUUGGUUUGGGUCUUAUUACCCUUCUCCCUAGUUUUAGGAGGCGUACGUGGGUACCUCAGGUAAUUAACUACGGCCCUGCUUACAAAAUGCACAUACAACUGUUAAUUAAAGUUCAUCUCAGUUAUUCCAAAGCGAUAAAGAAAGUUUGGUCCCACGAAGAUUUCCCUCAAAUAUAAUCACAAGGUACAAUUAAACGUUAAAGUAUUCUCUACCGCUUAAUAACAAGAUUCCGAGGAAUUUCGCACCAUUGUAUGUUACUUUCCAGUUUAUAAAAACGGUACGAAGCAAAUAACAACUAAAACUUGAACUGCUUCUGAAUACGUGAUAAUGCGCUAAGAUUGGCAAAAAUAAAAACAGUUCUCACAUAACUUUGUCUAGCUUGAGUUGUUUGCCUUUCUGCCUGCUUGAACAGACGAGUCGCGGAUGAUCCUGUCAUUUCAUUGCAAACACCAGUAACCAUUUUGUUUUAUUCUCUGCUCUUUUUCCCAUUUAACAAACUUCCAGUGUGAGAGAUAUUUAAACAGCAGUGCCCAUCCUGAAGUACCAGGAAUCAGAUACGACGUGCGCACGUGCGUACAGCUUCCCACGCCCUUGAUCACGAAAUCUUUAUAAGACAUGUGACUCAUAGAUAAGACACCAUUCUGUUCGUGGACGGAAUUCCAUCAACACUAUUUCAGUGAGUUGCCUCAUUCCAACCAGGUAACUGCUUUUUUAAUACUAAAAGCUAAACUCACCCUUUUGAUAUAGCAAAGGGAGGCACAUUACCAAGUCCUUAAUAAUUUUGUGGUACCCUCUUUUAGUUAAUAAUGACAUUUUGCGUUUCUUUUAUCUAGACCUGAUCUUCGAGAUUUAAUCAUGAGGACCGCUUUCGUUUUCCUAACACUUCUCAUGCUAGUCGUAGCAUCAGUAACGGCAACCUACAGAUUAGUUAGUUAUCAUUAAUUAUCGUAUCAUUAAUGUUGUGGGUAGCAUGGGAGGAUUCAAAAAACGACUAAAUCAUCAUUAUCUUGGGAGGUUCUCAAAAAAGUCAACGAAGAAAAGGAAGACUCUUUCAGACGGAGCGAACAAUGAUCGUUGACAAAUCAUCGCCUACAGCUCCUUGCUCUGCAAGUGGCAUUUAUCACUACAAUCGCAAAAACCCCAAUGUCAAUUACUUUACUGGCGUAGAAAAACGGUUUUAAAGAUGGAUACCAAAGGCAUUUGUACAUGGUAUAACGAGUCUCACAAGUCUUUAAAGAAUACCCUAAGCGAUUCACAAGCCUUUCUUACACAAACCGUCAGUAAUGAAUCUUAAAAGUAUCUCAAAUAAGCCUUCUGUAGCAAGCCUUGUGUAAAGACUCGUACACAAGCCUUCUGUAAGCCUUCUUCGGCGUUUUGUAAGACUCUUACACAAGCCUUCUGUAAGAUACUUACACAAGCCUUCUGUAAGUAUCUAACACAAGCCUUCUGUAAGGACUCUUACACAAGCCUUCUGUAAGUAUCUCAGCUACACAAGCCUUCUGUAAGGACUCUUACACAAGCCUUGUGUAAGCACCCUACACAAGACUUUUGUAAGGACUCUUCAUACAAGUGUUAGAUACUUACACAAGCCUUGUAUAAAGAGUCUUACACAAGCCUUCUGUAAGUAUCUUAGGAAAGCCUUCUGUAAGUCAUACACAAAAGACAACAAAAACUUUUUACAUAAUUUUUAAGUGUUAACGAAGGCGUUCGUAAGAAGGACUUUUAGUAAUGAGCUAUUUUAAUUAAAUUGCGUUAUUUAGUGACGCAGCAACUAAAAUAGGGUAAUUUUGGUGCAGUGAAAUAUAUAAGGUGUUGUACAUUAUAUUCUGUUACUGUUUUUAUAUAAGGUUCUGUGCCCAGCUGCUAAGAUUGAUCCCAGGUAUGAUGAAUUCGCGUUCUCUUUCAAAAAAAAAAUAAGGAAAAAUUUAAACUCUUUGAGAGGUGAAUCGCGCAGCUAGCAAAGGCAAAAUAUCCUUUAAUAUAUAACACACUCACCCGGGAAGGGCUGAGGCCCAUAUAAGUAUGAGUGAACUCUCGUGAACUACUGGUUUUUCUUGUCCUUUACAGAGUGACUCUACUACAGCAAAAGGGGAACCAUGUUGCGGAUAUUGGUUUUGUUUCUCAUUCCAGGCUUAUUUGGUGAUGCGGGUAAAUAAUUUUCCUACAUUUUAUUUAAGAUAAUAAGGUGGGGUAGGAGGUGGGGGAGGUGGUCAAAUUUCUCUACAUAAAUGAAAAUGGGACCAUAAACAUAAACUUGAGAUAACUGAACGACUCCGAUUUUCAUCCAGAUGGACAUUUUCAACGACUUUGAAAAGGUGGGAAUCUGUCAAUAGACCAGUGAAAAGUCACAGACAUUAAGGGUGCGUUUUAUGGACGACAACGGAAGGGCGUGUGUAUUCAGACAAUCUCUUGCUAAUAUUAUGCAAUCGAGAAAAACGAAAGCUAUUUUUCUUAAUUGUUCUGCUGCAGACAAUGCUCUGCUCAUGCGCGAUAAGGUACAGUGUGAACCAAGCCUCGUUUGUCUAGUAUAUCAGCGGUUAUUUGAUAAAUCGCAAUAUUUUGCUCUCCCUCGUCCAUAAAUUGUUUAUUAUACAUAUUUCAGGUGCAGCUUGUCCGAGAGAGAUGCAGCUGCAAUUCUGUGAAGGCGAUUCACAUACACUCUCUUGCGCUCAUCAUAGCAAGAGGAUCAAUAUCCUUUCUGCAAACUACGGUCGUUUGACUGGAGCUCAAGUCUGUGGCUGGGGAGCAAUAAAGACCACUACCUGCAAAGCUAAUGGAGCACUUGCCAAAGUUCAAGGUCACUGUCAGGGACGUUCACAGUGCACAUUACGGGCAACCAACAGCGAGUUUGGUGGUCCUUGCCCUGGAACUUACAAAUAUCUAGAGGUAACAAUUUUUGUCAGCCUAGCUUUUAUUUAG